CUGUAAGUGAAGAAUAUGUUAAUGUUAUGUAGUUUUUACGGAGGGUUGAGGAACAGGACAAAUUGGAAGCUCUAACGACAAUCUCCUUGGUCACUUCAAGAUGAUGGAAGACUUUUCUGGACUGGCUUUGCCCCCUCUUUUUGGGGGACACAUUCUCGAAGCGGAGUUGGAGCCCGAUGGAGUAGAGUUGGGACCAGGAGAGGUGGAACUGGGACCUGGAGGAGGCGAGCUCUUGGACAGUGCAGAGACUGCCCAAGACGAAGAGGAAAGACGGGAACUCGACAAGAGGAAAUACCUGGCGCUAAACAAGAGAUGCAAAGAAAUAGAGCAGGUGAAUGACAAAAUUCUCGGUCGCCUACACCAGGUGCAAAGAAUAACACGCAGUCUGAAAAAGGAGAGAAGGUUAUUAAUGAAAACCCUGGACUCUUAUGGGGAUGACUACAGGAACGCACAACUAAAUAUCCUUCUUGAGGAUGAUGUUGCGAGUGCUUUAGAAUUCCUGCCAGGAGCAGACGAUGACAGGCCAAAUGGCCAUGCCAGCUCCUCUCCUUCGGUACCACAACAGUCAACAAAAAAGAAGAGGCAUCGCGUCCCCAAGAAAGAAGAAAAGGAGGCACAGGUGAAUAUAGUGUCGGGUGAAAUUGUGGACCCAGAGCUUUCCAUGCUGGCUGAAACAAAAUUCACAGGCUUCCCCAGUCCCAACUCCCUCUCACACUGAUGCUCUUGGGAACACAUUGCCUCAGACAAAAUGAGCCCCGCUCCCACAAUCUUCCAGCAUGAACACUUAAUGCAUUGCAGAGUGUAUGAAUUGCUCAAAAAUGUGUUUGUUAUGGGUGUUCAGCAUGAUAAGAUAGUGAAAGUGCCAUAUUUUCACAGGUGUAGCAUUUGUAAUUAUUUUGUUCCGCAGAACUAAUAAGGACAACAGAGCACGGUCCAAUGGAAAAGGUAGUUUUUAUAUUGUUACUAAUUAACUUGAUUUUGUAUUUAAGUGGGCCCUUUUCAGUAGAUGUGUAAAUGUGGAAUGAACUAAGUCAUUAUCUAAUAUGAUCAGUGACACCUGCUGAAUUGGAUGUUAUGUAGGUUUUUGCUUGUUUUUUUUCCAGAUUUGUACAAUGUAAUUGGCAUGUAACACAUUAGACAUGGCCUUACAAGCAUAGACACUGCUGAAAUGUACAUAAAGAGAACCAGGUAACAUGCAAUAUUUGUCACCAACAAUAAAUCUUGUACUUAUUGCA